GUUGGUACUCGUAUUGCAACCACGUUCGACAUUCAGAUCUAGAAAGAAAUUAUAAUUAAGGCAAUUACUAUGGCUGCUAUUUAUCAUUUCCCAGUUCUUGUAGGAGCCCUCCUGCUUCUACUUGCCCUAAUACACCCUCUCCCCGUCCAGUCCAGAGGUCUGAAAGCUACAGUCAGUAGGCAGUCCUUCGCCUUCCUCCAGCAUUUGCAGGGUUGCCAUAAGGGCCAAAACGUGAAGGGCCUGCAUCAGCUCAAACGGUACCUCGAACAUUUUGGAUACCUUCACUACAAAACUAAUCUUACACAUGCCAAGGACGACGAUUUCGAUGAUUACGUGGAGUCUGCGGUGAAGACGUACCAGUCUCAUUAUCAUUUGAAUGUCACUGGAAACCUCGACCACGAAACCGUGAAGCAAAUGAUGCUCCCACGGUGCGGCAACCCCGAUAUCGUUGAUGGCUCUUCUUCACUGGCUGGUGGCAAGAGACACCAUCACCACAAUCACGGAGGACACUCUAAUCACUUCCACCAGGUAUCUCAUUACAGUUUUUUCGACGGAAACCCAAGAUGGCCAUCAUCCAAAACCCAUCUCACCUACACCUUUCGAUCCAGUGCUCCCGUUGUGCAGUUGCAGUUGCUUCGGUCUGUCUCUGUUCGUGCUUUCCAGAGAUGGACAGAUGUUAGCCGAUUCACCUUCGAGGAGGUGCCGCAAGGUGCCCCGGCCGAUAUUGAGAUAGGGUUUCACAGGCGCGACCAUGGAGAUGGGCAUGCAUUUGACGGGAUUUUGGGCACCCUGGCUCACGCUUUUGCACCUACGGUGGGGAUGCUCCAUUAUGAUGCUGAUGAAAAUUGGAGCACAAAUCCAACGAACCAACAAGUGGACUUGGAAUCGGUGGCCGUGCAUGAGAUAGGGCACAUUCUUGGGCUUGGUCACAGUUUAGUUACAGAUGCCAUAAUGUUUGCGCAGUUCAAGUACGGAGCUACCAAGAGAGAGCUCCAUGCAGAUGAUAUUCAAGGCAUACGUGCCUUGUACACUUAACUAUACAUAUAUAUGUAUAGACACAUUCAUACUUCAAUUGCUGGAUCCAUGGAAAACCCUCUUAUAAAACUCAUGAACUACGUGAUUUUUGGUUCGAAGGAAUUAGUGACCCAACAAGUCUCUUAUGUAACUAAUGGGUGACAGUAUUAUUAUAAUUAAUCAUUGUGAGAUCAAUGCACUACAUUUUUAAAAGGAAAUAUAAUUAAGCAUAUGCAUUAACCA